UAUCUGUUACUUCUUUAGCUUCUCACUAAUGACCAAUCCAAUUCUCUUCUUUUGAUUUUGACUCCAAUCAGAAAACAAAAACUAAAAAGAAAAAAUUUAAUAUAAAAACAAAAGAAAACAAUCUCAAAUCGCAGAUUUCAGGAAAUCGCCAUGGCUUCAGUGACUCUAGGUUCUUCAUGGGUUGUUGUUCACCACAAGCAUACUUGUUCUUCCUCCAUCUUCACCAAACCCAGAUCCAGAUCUUCUCCUUCCCUCGUGACUCUUACUAAACCCAUCUCACUCCGCUCAAAACGCACCGUUUCGUCGUCUUCCUCGAUCGUUGCGUCUUCCGUCGUUACGAAAGAGGACAGUCGCAGCUCAUCCGCAUCAUCUUCGUCCUCUCCCUUCGAUUUCAUGUCUUACAUCAUCUCCAAAGCCGAAUCAGUCAACAAAGCUUUAGAUUCAGCUGUUCCUCUCCGUGAGCCACUCAAGAUCCACGAAGCUAUGCGUUACUCUCUCCUCGCCGGCGGCAAAAGAGUCAGACCCGUUCUCUGCAUCGCCGCUUGUGAACUCGUCGGCGGUCAAGAAUCCGUCGCUAUGCCGGCAGCUUGCGCGGUGGAGAUGAUCCACACCAUGUCGUUGAUCCACGACGAUCUCCCUUGUAUGGAUAACGACGAUCUCCGCCGUGGGAAGCCGACGAACCACAAAGUGUACGGCGAGGACGUCGCUGUUUUAGCCGGAGACGCGCUUCUCUCGUUCGCUUUCGAGCAUUUAGCGUCGGCCACGAGUUCUGAAGUCUCUCCGGAGAGAGUGGUUCGAGCCGUUGGGGAAUUGGCUAAAGCUAUAGGAACGGAAGGGCUAGUGGCGGGUCAAGUCGUGGACAUUAGUAGUGAAGGGUUAGAUUUAAACGACGUCGGUUUGGAGCAUUUGGAAUAUAUCCAUUUGCAUAAAACAGCGGCGUUGCUUGAAGCUUCUGCGGUGUUGGGAGCUAUCGUUGGUGGAGGAAGCGAUGAUGAGAUCGAGAGGCUGAGGAAGUUCGCGAGGUGUAUUGGUCUGUUGUUUCAGGUGGUUGAUGAUAUAUUGGAUGUGACAAAGUCGUCUAAGGAGCUUGGGAAGACUGCAGGGAAAGAUUUGAUAGCGGAUAAGUUGACGUAUCCUAAGAUUAUGGGUUUGGAGAAAUCGAGAGAGUUUGCUGACAAGUUGAAUAGAGAGGCUCGUGAUCAGCUUUUAGGGUUUGAUUCUGAUAAGGUUGCUCCUCUGUUGGCUUUGGCUAAUUAUAUUGCCAAAAGACAGAACUGAUUUGUGUUUCUUUUUUGUUUUUUGGAUAUUGUUGUUGUUGUUGUUGUUGGCUCCCUUUGUGGGAAUCAUCUUAGAUUGAAAUUGUAGAAAUGUCGGGGAGAAGGUAAAUCAGAUUCUAGAGUUUGUUAAUGCUGCUCUCUCUCUUCUUUGUUGGUGGUGUGUACUCUCUAUGUUUCCAGCAUGUACUAAAAAAAAAUUGGAUAGUAAAAAUGGAUGAAAUUUUCAAGAUA